CGCGCGAUGCCUUUCGUAAACAUGAGAAAGGCUGCGACCCAAUCGGGAAGCUCCAAGAGUUUCUCGGUUCGGGUAACUACUAUGGAUGCUGAACUGGAAUUUUCAAAUAUUGAGCACAAAGCGACGGGGAAAGAUUUGUUUGAGCUGGUAUGUCGUACCAUAGGAUUGAGAGAGACUUGGUAUUUUGGAUUGCAGUUUAUUGAUUCAAAGGGAUACAUUUCCUGGCUUAAAUUUGAUAAAAAGGUUUUGGAUCAAGAUGUCCCUAAGGAAACACCUGUGCCUUUCUUGUUCCUGGCCAAAUUUUUCCCAGAGGAUGUGUCUGAGGAGUUGAUCCAAGAGAUAACACAGCAUCUUUUCUUUCUGCAAGUGAAGCAGUCGAUCAUUAAUAUGGAUAUAUACUGCCCACCAGAAGCCUCUGUUCUUUUAGCGUCUUACGCCGUUCAGGCAAAGUAUGGGGAUUAUGAUACAUCAACUUACAAAAUCGGGACACUGGCCAGUGAGGAUUUGCUGCCCCAGCGUGUUAUUGACCAGUACCAGAUGACCCCUCAGAUGUGGGAAGAGAGAAUUAAGGAGUGGUAUGCUGACCACAGAGGGAUGUCUAGAGAUGAAGCUGAAAUGGAAUACCUGAAAAUUGCUCAAGAUCUUGAAAUGUAUGGUGUAAAUUAUUUUCAAAUUGAGAACAAGAAGAAUACAGAUCUGUGGUUAGGAGUAGAUGCCCUAGGUCUGAAUGUGUACGAGUCCAACAAUAAACUGUCUCCAAAGAUCACGUUUCCCUGGAACGAGAUCAAGAAUAUUUCUUUUAAAGACAAAAGAUUUGUGAUAAAGCCUGUUGAGAAGAAAUCCCCAGAUUUUGUGUUCAAACCACCUAAACUACGAAUUAAUAAGUUGAUAUUAGAGCUCUGUAUAGGAAACCAUGAAUUAUUUACAAGACGACGAAAACCUGAUUCCAUGGAAAUUCAACAGAUGAAAACUAAUGCUAGGGAGGAAAAAAUACGCAAACAGCUGGAUAGGGCCAGAUUAGCAAAGGAAAAACAGCUCAAGGAGGAGGCCCUCAAGGAGAAAGAGGAACUUGAGAAACGACUUCAAAUGUUACAAGAGGAAGUCCGAGCUGCACAGGAAUCAUUGCGACGGUCAGAGGAAACAACAGAGUUGUUAGCGGAGAAGGCUCAGAUAGCUGAAGAGGAGGCGGUUCUGCUGGCCCAGAAAGCCUCGGAGACAGAAGGCGAGAUUCAUAGGAUGAAACUCAAGGAGAUGAAAAAUGAAGAGGAACGUAUGAUAAUGGAGUACCGUGCUCGAGAGGCAGAGAUGAUCGCCACGAAGAUUCUGGAAGACUCAGAAAGGAGAGCUCUUGAAGCAGAACAGCUGAAGAUUGACCUAGUUCAGGCCAAGAUGAAUGAGCAAUCAGCCAAGGAAAAGUUGAUGGAAGUAGCCAGGGUAUCUCCAUAUACGCAACAGGCUAUGUAUGGACUGCACAGUUUACCAUCAGAUCUAGCAGAACUACAGCUAGAAGAGCCAACCAUGGACGAUUUACAGGAGACAGUCCCGGAGGCGAGCUGUGACCUGUUGGGAGCAGGGGACAUGGACCAGUUGUCUAUAGAGAUCGAGAAGGAAAGGGAGGAAUACAUGGAGAAAUCCAAACACCUCCAGGAACAACUGAAGGAAUUAAAAACGGAGAUAGAAGUACUAAAAGUGGAGGAGAAUGAGACGGAAUUGGACAGACAGCAUGAUGAGAAGAUUCGUCGUGGGGAUACAAAGUACUCCACCCUAAGAAUGGCUAAAGCCACGACCACACAGGCUAGAGUCCAGUUCUUUGAGGAUUUGUGAGAGACAUAUUGAAGCAUUUCUGUGAUAGAGACUUCGGUGAACAAUGCACAUAUUAGGAAAAAUUCUGAAGAUGAACAAAAAAACAACAAGAGAAACAGGACAGCUCCGUGUUAUUGUUCUAGAGCUGGUUUUUGUCUCUCUGUGUUUUUACUGGAUGCGUUUUGUGAAUGAUUUUCAAUCCUUUGUGAAAAAAGUGAUAAUACACAUGACUUUUAA